AUGAGGGAGCCGGCGGUCACUCUGCACCUGUCAAGGCUAAGUCCCUCAUGGUUAGACCCCAUCACCAGCUUCUUAGAAAACGGCAAACUCCCCGACGACGAAAAAGAUGCUAAGAAACUGAGAAGGGAAGCAGCCAAGUACGCGAUCAUCCAGGGUCAGCUGUUCAGGAAAGGGCUCAACCAGCCCCUAUUGAAAUGCCUACACCCCGACCAAACGGACUACGUCCUCAGGGAAGUCCAUGAAGGGUGUUGCGGCCAUCACAUAGGGGGCAAAGCCCUAGCAAGAAAAUUAAUCCGAGCUGGAUACUAUUGGCCAUCAAUGAUGGCAGAUUCUAAAGGAUUCGUUAGAAAGUGCAUAAAGUGUCAAGAGAACGCCAAUUUUCACAAAGCACCGGCCUCCGAGCUAAGCUUGUUAACGUCUUCCCGGCCAUUCUCACAAUGGGGAGUCGACCUCUUGGGGCCCUUCCCGAUUGGUCCUGGACAAGUCAAGAAGUUCAUGUGGAGGCAAGUGAUAACACGGUUCGGCAUCCCAAAGAUCGUUAUCUCGGACAACGGGACACAAUUUACCGACAAGAAGUUCACGGAGUUCCUCACCGGCCUGGGUAUAAGACAGAAGUUCUCCUCGGUAGAACACCCCCAAACAAAUGGACAAGUUGAGUCCGCAAACAAGAUCAUCCUGUUAGGACUUAAGAAGCGGCUGGGUGAUAAAAAAGGUGCUUGGGCCGACGAGCUCGCCUCGGUCCUCUGGUCCUACCGUACAACCGAACAGUCAUCUACCGGAGAAACCCCCUUUCGACUAACAUAUGGGCUAGACGCGGUAAUACCUGUGGAAAUCGGGGAACUGAGCCCACGACUACUUUUGAAGGGAGUGGGGGAAGCUGUGGAGAAGGACCUAAUAGAUGAAGUCAGAGAGAUGGCCCACCUGACGGAAACAGCGCUGAAUCAAAGAAUGGCCCUGCGCUAUAACACCAAAGUACUCAGAAGAGAGUUUGAACCAAACGACCUCGUCUUAAGGCGCAACAACAUCGGCUUACCGACCCCGGGAGAGGGCAAACUGACGAAAAACUGGGAAGGUUCCUACAGAGUUAAAGAGGUGAUUGGCAAAGGCGCUUUCAAGUUGGAAAGGCUCAAUGGCAAAGAGAUCCCAAGAACGUGGAACGCGAGCAACUUGAGAAGGUUCUACUCCUAG